CUCUGUUUCUACCCGGGGACCGGACCUCAGGGAAGUACGCGGAACCAGAACCUCAGAGAUGGGUUCUCCCGGUCUGGAGUUACUGUUCACCUUGGAAUCUCCCAGAAUCUCCCAGCCACAGGAUGCCUUGCUCUGCUUCAUACACUGGGAGCUGGUCAGCCAUGGCUGGAGGUGUUUGGGCAAAGGGGAGAAGGGUAAUGGCCCAGAGAGAGACUCUGAACAGAUGCCAGUUGGGUGGAGUGACAAUAAAGAGCUUUACACGCUGCGUUAUGGGAAAAAGACUUCGGAAAUCCUCCUCAAAGCACUGGUUGUAGAUGGCACCUUGAUUGUCAAUGUUAUGGAUCUCCACACUGAGCAAGUGUUUGAUGUGACCCUGGAUAUCGAUGCCAAUAUUGACCGUGCUCAUCUGCAGCAACAUGACAGGGUGUAUAAAAAUCUCACUGAUCUGAAACGUCUUCUUAAUUCUGAGCUCAUCCGCCCCAUGUCAGGCCGCAGAGAGGAGAAGAAAGCACCAACACAACAACCACAAGAAAGACCACCAGAAUAUGAUCCUUUGAGGAUCCCCCCCAGGCAUCCAUCAUCGCAGUCCUCCGUGGGCACUGACCCUUUAGGACAUUACCCAUAUGGUGCUGCCGACCUGGAUCCCUUGGGGCGCCAUUCUGGAGGCAUGAUCAUGGACCCUUUCCACGCAGGACGCACACGACCCAGGCCAGGCCCACCCAUUGGCCUUCCUCCUGGAGCUGUGCCACCCGGUGCUCGGUUUGAUCCUUUUGGUCCGCUAGGAUCAGGACGUCCAGGGCCGGAUCCUGAUCACCUCCCUCCUCCAGGAUAUGAUGACAUGUUCAUGUGAGAAGUCGCAGAUACAAAGGCACACUGAUUAGAUGCCCUGAGCUUAUAUCUGCUACACAGGAUUAAUCCCUCUCCUGUUUUUCUUUUGCACUAAUAGCACUGGGUUGUAAAGUGAGUUUAGGUUUGUGUUGGUUUUUUACCUCUCGCAGGUGCUUCUUUCGAGAGCUGUGUAACCGCCUAUCUGCUUCGGGUUCCCGAGUGAGUACGUGAGCAACAGUAUGAAGUCUUUAUAUAAUCCAUGGCUGACAUUAAACUGUAUAUUAAAGAUGUUGGACUGUUAA